UAGCAGGGACUUUCAGAUUUUAGGGUUGGCUAAUUUCUGUAAACCAUCCAUUUUUGAGAGUAGGUAAACAUAUUUGUUGUUGGUGUUGAUAGUUGAUUAGUCAGUAAUUAAUAAACUAAAUACAAAUUUCGUGGCACAAUACCCAAAAUGAAACGAAGGGGAGUUAAAAAGGCACAAAAAGCAGAAGAUGACUCUAAUGGAGUCGAAGAUUUUGUAGAAAAAAACGGCGGUGCUUCAGAUGUAGAGGAUGAAAGCGACGAGCAACCAAAAGAUAAGAAGAGAAAAUCUAAAUCAAACCGCAAAAGUGCGUCUCCUAGCAAAAAAACAGUUGACGAAUCCAUGGACGAAGCUGACCCCCUUGAAGACGUUGAAGAAGUAAAGAAACCGAAAGAAAAAACCAAAAAGUCGAAGGCAGUAUCUGAGGAUGAGGACGAAGAUGGCACAGGCGAUGAGACCCAAUACGAGGUGGAGAAAGUUCUCGACGAUAAAAUGAUCGCUGGCGUUCGCCAUUAUUUGAUUCGCUGGAAAGGCUAUGGACAAGGUGAUGAUACAUGGGAACCUGAAGACACUUUGAAUUGUCCAGAUGCCAUAAAAGCAUUUAAGGAUGCCAAGAAAAAGACUAAAAAGGUCAAAAAAGAUGCUGGAGAAGAGUGGGACGAGAAUGAAGACUUUGAGGUUAGUCGAAUUUUGGAAGUGCACCAUAACAAGAAUGGCAAGAGAGAGUUUCUUGUAUCCUGGAAGGGAUUUUCGCCGAAAGACAAUUCCUGGGAACCAGAAGAGAAUAUGGAUUGUAAAGAUUUAAUCGAGAAAUUUAUGAAAAAAGUUGACAAAGCUAAAGAUGUUGACGAACGCGAACUUAGAGUAAAUAGAAAACACGUGCAACGUUUAACUUAUAACACACCAGACACAUCUCGUCGCCUUAGUAGGAGAAUGAGCGGGAAAGAAAGGGUACAAUACCACGACGCAGAAUAGAAUUAGUACAAGUACACAGCAUAAUGCUUAUAGGUUAUAAGAGAGAAUGUUUUAAUAAAUAUAUCCAGUCUAUUAUUAUCUUUCUUGAACUGUAAUAAAAUUUUUUACAUUUGAUGGCAUAUGAAGUAUUGUUUUAUUAUCAGAAUAUGUAUUUCUUUGUGAGUUGUUUAUGUAUUUGUAAAUUCAUUAUUAAAAAAUGUGUUAAUUUUUUUCCUAAUAAAAGUGUCUCGAAUA